AACCCAUGACAUUGGAUUGACAUUCUCACAAUCUGAAAAAUCAAAAUAGGAGCUGAUAGUUAAAAUCAUCUUCAACUAUUGGCUAUAAAGCAACACUAUGAAAAUCAAUUGAUUUAAAAUGGUUUGCCCAUCGUAAAAGUAAAUUGAUUUACACGAACUGAUUUUUAGUUCAGCUUAUUGUGUAGUUUCUAAAUUGAGGUUACGUGUUUCUUUUUCGUAUUUUCUUUUUUUUUCGAAAUUGAAUCAUCUUCGUCGUAUUAUUGUGCUACGAACUGGAUAUAGAAGAAAGACAAUAACAGCCGAACAAUGAGAAGUCGAAGCAAUUCCGGAGUUCGUCUGGACUAUUACCAGCGAAUUGUCCAUCGAUUAAUAAUGACGCAUCAACAGCCAGUGACCGGACUGUUUCCAGCAUCGCCUAACAAUCCACACGCAUGGAUACGAGACAAUGUGUACUGUAUUCUGGCUGUUUGGGGAUUGUCAAUGGCCUACAAAAAAAUUGCUGAUCAAGAUGAAGACCGAGCAAAGGCAUACGAGUUGGAACAAAGUUGCGUUAAGCUGAUGCGAGGCUUACUGAUGGCAAUGAUGCAACAGAAGGACAAAGUCGAAAAGUUUAAAACUACCCAGAGUCCAAUGGACAGUUUGCAUGCGAAAUAUUCGAGCAAAAAUGGCCAGAGUGUUGUACAGGACGAUGAAUGGGGGCACUUACAGAUCGACGCAAUCUCAUUGUACCUACUAAUCUUGGCACAAAUGACAGCGUCUGGAUUACAAAUUGUGUUUUCGUUGGACGAAGUGUCUUUUAUCCAGAAUCUGGUGUUUUACAUUGAGUCAGCCUACUGUAUUCCAGAUUAUGGGAUUUGGGAAAGAGGCGACAAGACCAACCACGGUCUACCAGAGUUGAAUGCCAGUUCAAUUGGCAUGGCUAAAGCAGCUCUAGAGGCUAUGAACGAAUUGGAUUUAUUUGGAGCUCGAGGUGGCAGUGCCAGUGUCAUUCAUGUAUUAGCCGACGAAGCACACAAAUGUCAAGCCGUUUUACAAUCGAUGUUGCCGCGUGAAUCUAACAGCAAAGAACUGGAUUCCGGUCUUCUUUCCAUCAUUGGGUUUCCUGCGUUUGCCGUCGACGAUCCACAAUUGAUCAUGGCAACUGAAGAGGCUAUUGUGACACGUUUACAGGGAAAAUUUGGCUGUAAAAGAUUUUUACGUGAUGGAUACCGAACACCACGCGAAGAUUCAGCCCGUUUGUAUUACGAGCGUUGGGAGCUUCGAAUGUUUGAAAACAUCGAAUGUGAAUGGCCUCUGUUCUACUCGUAUCUUAUUCUCUUUCAUCUGUUUCAAGGAAAUAAAAUGAGCGUAACGGACUACGCACACAAAUUGGAUGAAGUUUUGGUCCGAUCUGACGAUGGAAUGUACUUGAUGCCUGAAAGCUAUGCUGUUCCAGCCGAUCUAGUUUCCGAGGAAUACAAGAAACCCGGUUCUCAGCCGAGGGAAGUUGUAGGAAGGUGCCCGUUUUUGUGGGGACAAUCAUUGUACAUUCUUGGCAAAUUACUUCAAGAGGGAUUUUUGGCAGUUGGAGAACUGGAUCCGUUGAAUAGACGAUUAGGUGCACAGAAGAAACCGGAUGUCGUUGUUCAGGUUGUCAUUUUGGCUGAAGACAAUAUGAUCAGAGAUAAAUUGGCCGAACAUGAUCUUCAUGUGCAAACCAUUGCUGACGUGGCACCGAUUGAAGUUCAACCGGCACGAGUGCUAAGUCAUCUGUACACGUAUUUGGGACGUAACAAGAAACUUGGCUUAAGCGGAAGAAAAUCCCGUGACGUCGGUAUACUCAGUACGAGCAAGCUGUAUUCGCUGAAGGAUCGUAUUUUCGCCUUUACGCCACAGUUCGUCGAUUUGUCAAGAUUCUACAUUGCAUCGGACAAUGAACUGAUGAUUGAUAUAUUAAAGGGUGAAAUAAAUUUCUUAAAAUCAGCUUGGCAAAAUCUACUUGGUCGUCCGCUUGUUACGUUGGUUCUGCGGAACAUUCACAUAGAUCAAAAUCGCGUGCCUCUAGCAAUGAUACAAACAAUGAAGAAAUUGAAAUCUGGCUACAUUAACGGCACCAGAGUGAUGUUGGGUAAUCUUGGCGAUUUCCUGAACACAUCAGCAAUCACUGACUUGAGCUUCCUGGGUAGUCAAGAGGAUGGCUGUCCAGACAAAUUGAACCCAGCCGUUCAGUCGUACUUGGAUGAACAUCUCUUAAGAUCAUUCAGCCAGAAAACUGUCAACGUUAAAUCAGUAGGUCUUCGACCAAGGCAUCUGAGACGCCGCAUGUCAUGCAAAGGAGCUAUUAAAAAGACACGAUCCAUCAACGUUGACUCUGAAACUCUUGGAAUGGAGAGCAGUUUUAACGAACGACGGCAAUCAUCCGCUGUUCCACCACCAUGGCUCGAAGCCAAGCAACAGCCAUACUCGAACGUAUUCGUUACAUCACAGGAAAAGGGCUUGAUGGCCGAGACCGAUGAAGGCAUGUUUAAUAAUUCUACUACUUUUCCAUUACAUGAUCGUCAUGACCUGCCAAAGAUCCAGGUUUCGACGCCCAGUCGACAUCGGUACGAUACGAAUUUCGCUGAUACCGACGUUGACGAAUUGGUGGCAAUGUUACGCGAAACGGAAAAUCUGGAAGAACAGGGCGAUAUAUUGCAAUAUUUGGUUGACACGCAGGGCUUAGAUUACAAUACCGAAUUGACUGGUGAAUCUGAGCCCUCAACUUCCGAUAAAAAUGAAUCUUCUCACUCCGAAGGAAUGCUAGAAGAAGGUCGCGUAGUAACUGUACGAAUGCUGCUGAAGGGACUGUACGAAAAAGCAUGUCAACAAAAAUUGUGGGGAUUAGUUAGACACACAGCCGGUAUGCUUGGCAAACGUGUCGAAGAUCUGGCUAAGGCUAUAACGGAUUUGCUUGUGCGACAGAAACAGGUUACUGUUGGAAUGCCUCCAUUAAAUGAGCAUACCAUUACGGCACCGUUGCCCGAAUUCGAUUUGCGUCAACUUAUUCAUGAAGCGUAUGGCGACGACGAAAGUACAGCUAUGUUGACACAAGAAUUGAUGGUUUAUUUAGCCAUGUUUAUACGAACCGAACCGCAACUGUUCCAUGAAAUGAUACGUCUAAGAGUUGGAUUAAUCAUUCAAGUCAUGGCCAAAGAACUGUCGCGUACAUUAAAUUGUAAUGGUGAAUUGGCAUCGGAACACUUGCUGAAUCUGUCGCCAUUCGAAAUGAAGAAUUUGUUGUAUCACAUUUUGAGCGGAAAGGAGUUUGCCGUCAGUAGUGUUGCUCGCGGCAAUUUUUCAAUCGUUAGUUGUAAGUCUAGCCGUGUAAGCAAGAAAAGUCAAAUUGGCCUGGGUGAUGCGGAUGUAAGUGAUGACAGAAUUACAGAGAGCGAUGAUCGCCAAGGUCAAUGGUUGCGAAGACGUCGACUUGAUGGUGCGUUGAAUAGAGUUCCGAGAGAUUUCUAUUCGAGGGUGUGGACGGUUUUGGAAAAGUGUCAAGGUCUGGCCAUUGAAGGACGUGUUCUCCCACAAAGUUUAACACAGGAAAUGACUCCAGGUGAAUUGAAAUUCGCAUUGGAAGUUGAAACGGCCCUUAAUACAAUACCCCAACCGGAGUAUCGACAGCUAAUUGUGGAGGCGCUCAUGGUACUUACCCUUGUCACCGAACACAAUAUGGUCUCUAGCUUAGGAGACAUCAUUUCGUUGGAACAUUUGGUUCACAAAGCGAAUCAAAUAUUUUUAGAGGAUCAAAGGAAAGUCCAAGGUGAUGCAACAUUAUGUUGUGCCAAAUCAAGCGAUGAGAAUCGUCAUACACCGUCUGGUAUGUUACUGUGUGGCGGUGCCGCUUACAUUUGCCAACAUUUGUACGACAGUGCUCCCAGUGGUAGCUACGGCACAAUGGUGUAUAUUGCCAAGGCCGUUGCAAGCGUGCUAGAUUGUUUGCCACAACAUGGUGACAUGGACUGCACGAUCAGCUAGAUAGAAUGUGCUAUACGUAAUGCGAGACACAAAUCUCUAAUGCUAAUCAGUCGAGAGAUGAUUUCAGUUUGGCGAACAGUUUGGUUUUCUUUUUCAUUUUAGCUUAGCUAAGACAUUUUUAGAUUGUAAAUAAUUGUGAAAGGUUUUUCUUUUCGUUUUGAAACGUUUACGUUUAUGUUCGCAGAGAAAGUCGAGUUAGUACCGAUCCACGUAAUUCAAGUUCUCUUUGUCGGAGACAUUAGAUUGUUAACACAAAAUCUCUAAAUAAAGUUGUUGAGCAAA